AUGAUUCAUGACCAGACCCGCCCACAUCGCACCAGUACAACACUACUAAUAUCCAGCGCGCCAUCUACAUUUCUUUUCAUUCACAUUGCACUUUUUUCGCUCUCAUUCAUUUCAUUCAUUCUUUCUCUUUUGCAAUUCAUAUUUCUUCUUUUGAUUGCUGUUUUCUUCUUCCUUUUUAUAGUUUUCUUUUUUUUCUUUAACUUCUUUUCAUUUUUUCUGUUUAUUUUCCUUUCAUAUUUUUUCUGUUAUUACUUCCAAUUUUUCUUUUUAAUUUCUUCCCAUUUUAUUCUCUUCUACUUUCUUCCCAUUUCUUCUUUACUUUAUUCUUAUUUUGUUCUCUUUAUUUUCAUUUUCUAUUCACUUUCAUCUCAUUUUACUCUUUAUUUUAUUUCCAUUUUAUUUUUUAAUUACUUCCCAUUUUUCUCUUUACUUUCUUCCCAUUUUUCUCUUUACUUUCUUCCCGCUUGGUUCUCUGCUUCCCAUUUUUCGUCUUUGGAUUUUUUUUCCAUUUUUUUUUCACAUCAUUUUUUCCCGUUUUUCUUUUUACGUUUUUUUUUUAAAUUUUCUCUUCUAUUUCUUUUCAUUUUCUUCUUUGCUUUCUUUCGAUUUUUCUUUCUUUACUUUCUUCCAAUUAUUUUCUCUGUUCUUUCUUCCUAUUUUUCUCUUUUUAUUUUCUUCCUAUUUUUCUCAUUAUUAUCCUAUUUUUAUACAUAUCUACCCCAUUAUUUUCACAUCUCUCUCUCUCUCACACACACACUCUCUCUCUCUUUCUGUCUGUCUGUCUGUCUCUCUCUCUCUCUCUCUCUAUCUAUCUAUCUAUACAAAAGCGGAAGCAAUACCUCUCACAUAUAG